GUUUUUUGCGGGGGGCGGGGGGUGUAUUCCCUCAUUUAAAUCUCGUCUGGAUUUAAAGCGUGAAGCUGCAGGCGAGAACUCACGAAGAAUCUCUGUAGAGUGAGGCUCUCCUUGGACCAGAGCGCCGGUUGUCUAUUAUCCCGUACGUUUCUGUGGGAAGUUUCGUGUGUACCCCCGCGAUGGCUCAGCUCCAGACACGCUUCUUCACUGACAACAAGAAGUAUGCAGUAGAUGAUGUUCCCUUCUCAAUCCCCGCAGCUUCUGAAAUUGCUGACCUUAGUAACAUCAUUAAUAAAUUGCUGGAGGCCAAAAAUGAGGUCCACAAACAUGUGGAGUUUGAUUUCCUUAUCAAGGGCCAGUUUCUGCGAAUGCCCUUGGUCAAACACAUGGAACUCGAAAACAUCUCAUCGGAAGAAGUCGUGGAACUAGAAUAUGUGGAGAAGUACACUGCACCUCAGCCAGAGCAGUGCUUAUUCCAUGAUGACUGGAUCAGUUCAAUCAAAGGGGCAGAGGAAUGGAUCUUGACUGGUUCUUAUGAUAAGACUUCUCGGAUCUGGUCCUUGGAAGGAAAAUCAAUAAUGACAAUUGUGGGACAUACAGAUGUUGUGAAAGAUGUGGCCUGGGUGAAAAAGAACAACUUGUCUUGCCUACUACUGAGUGCCUCUAUGGAUCAGACUAUUCUCUUAUGGGAGUGGAAUGUAGAGAAAAACAAAGUGAGAGCCUUACACUGCUGCAGAGGCCAUGCUGGAAGUGUGGAUUCUAUAGCUGUUGAUAGCACAGGAACUAAAUUUUGCAGUGGCUCCUGGGAUAAGAUGCUAAAGAUCUGGUCUACAGUCCCUACAGAUGAAGAAGAUGAAAUGGAGGAAUCCACCAAUCGACCAAGAAAGAAACAGAAAACAGAGCAAUUGGGACUAACAAGGACGCCCAUAGUGACCCUGUCUGGCCACAAGGAAGCAGUUUCCUCAGUUCUGUGGUCAGAUGCUGAAGAAAUCUGCAGUGCAUCCUGGGACCACACAAUUAGAAUGUGGGAUGUUGAGUCUGGCAGUCUUAAGUCAACUUUGACAGGGAAUAAAGUGUUUAAUUGUAUCUCCUAUUCUCCACUUUGUAAACGUUUAGCAUCUGGAAGCACAGAUAGGCAUAUCAGACUGUGGGAUCCCCGAACUAAAGAUGGUUCUUUGGUGUCGCUGUCCCUAACCUCACAUACAGGCUGGGUCACAGCAGUAAAGUGGUCUCCUACCCAUGAGCAGCAGCUAAUUUCAGGUUCUUUAGAUAACAUUGUCAAGCUGUGGGAUACAAGAAGUUGUAAGGCUCCUCUCUAUGAUUUGGCUGCUCAUGAAGACAAAGUUCUGAGUGUGGACUGGACAGACACAGGGUUACUUCUGAGUGGAGGAGCAGACAAUAAAUUGUAUUCCUACAGAUAUUCACCUACCACUUCCCAUGUGGGGGCAUGAAAGUGAAUAAUAAAUUUGACUGCAAAGAUUCUUUCUAUAAAUGUAAUUGAUAAAGAAUAUUCAGAUUAUAUCAGUACAGAUCACCCUUGAUAAUAGUUAUUACUGUCUUUUUAUUUUGUAUUUAUUAUAUAAUAGUCUGCAUUUAUAAAAUGUAAAAUGUGGCUUGCA